AUGCUGCGACGUCGUGUCAUCUCGCCGGUCAUCGCGGUGCCGGUUCAAUGGACUUCUGGACUGAUGAGACACCAGGUGCAUAACACUGGAAGUUUGGGGAAGAUUUCUUACACACCUCCUGGAAAUAGUGUUCCGCAUUUACCAUGGUUCCGUGGGGCACAGACAACGAAACCGGCAGCAUCAACCCCAGUGCCGCCGUCAAUGUUAAAUGUUAAACCCUCCAUACCCCCGUUGAGUAUGCCUUCAUCCACAGAGUUAGAUGGCAUCCUCAGCAUUACCAUGAUGGAGGAAGAGGCAAGUAGAGUGGGAGCGGGCGCACGAAUCAUGCCGGAGAACGUUGGCGUGCUGCAGAGCACAGCGGCCCAAUGUGGGCCAAUGCGUGCCACCGCCACUCGUCGAAUGCCAGUGCUUACAGGCCCCACACUAGAUACACGCAUUGGAGAUAUCAUUAAAGCGGAUGAAUCCCUUGCAGCCGAGAUGCUGCCCGAUAUUGUGCGGCUUCUCAUUGACCCCAACGCGGAGGGGGUGGAAAACGUUUCCCUGACGGAUUUUGCAUCUAUGCAGCCCAAAAGGCAGCUUGCGGCACUCAAUGGGAAGAGAUCAUGGCUCGAAUGGUUGCUGGAGAGCUCACACUACAAACAGGUUUCCCGUCUUUCAUUGGAGUCGCCACAUUAUGAUCUGAGGGCGCUGCGGCUGGCGGGCAUCACAACACUUUAUCAGUGGGCAGAGCAGCCCAACCUGGUAAAAGUUUCUUCCUGUACACGCAGUCUACUGGAUGCCGCCGUGGAUAAAAGCGUCGAAACGUACGUAGACGAGGUGGUUAAACUUGUAAAUACAAGUAACAUGCUGGAGGAUACGCUGGUAUUGUGGGCUGCUGACAUUAUUGGUAAAUUUAUCCUCGAUUCACUGAAUAUACCAGCUAACCAUGCAAUGUUGCAGAGCGGCGGUAUUGGAUUUGACGGCGCUUCAACGGGGCACAUAUGCACAUUAGAACACUACCACCGUCUAGUUAAGAAGGUGAUAGCAAGUGUGCGCAGGGAAUACAUGAUGCAGCGGCACAUGGGUGCACAAGACAAUGAGGCGAUGAAAGCUUCUCUCGACCCGCAGGCUGAAGCAGAAAUUCGCGAAAAAGCAUAUGCAACUCUAAGUGAUGCCAUGUUAAGGGUGCUGGAGACACAAGCUCCCAAUAUGCCAAAGGAGUUACACCCAUUGCGGGACUACGGAUUUCUCGCACUGGAGCGUCUUCCCGGCCUGCUGCGACAGACUGCAUCGGCAUUGCAGUUGCAGAGUAUCCCCGUACGCUAUUUUGUUUUUCAUAACACCGGCGAGUGGGGGUUUAGCCCUAGCACUGCAAUGAGUACCCAGAUGUUCACACACUCGGAUAGCACGAGGUUUUCAGGGGCGCACCCCGGUGGUAACAGUAUGAUUGUGAGCGGGAACGCACCAUCGGCAUUGGAUGUGGCGGCUCCCACUUUGGCAGGUGGAGUCUUCCUCACAGGUAGCACAAACUAUAACGUGACCCUCGGUGAGUGGUGUGGCAGUCCGCAACCGUCCUCAUCUCCCGAGCUCUGGCAGGGAAACCCCGUGCAGAAUGAGUAUUUUUCCGUCCUUCACAGGCUGAAGCGUCAUACCAUACGUGUAGCCCGUACCACACUGUUUGACGCCAUUAAGGGUGCCGAUCGACUGGGUAAAGGAUUUAGUGCAGCAGAGGCUCUGGGUUUGCAGCAACUUUUUGGUGCGGGGAAGCUUGUGGAGGAGCGUCUACUCUCCGUGUUGAGCGGCUACUAUAUGUCGUCGUCCGCGUCGAAGCAGCUCCAUUUCGUUGAGGCGGGGCACUCGUGCGGCAAGACUUCCGUUCUUGAGCGCCUCUCGAAACGUAUGGCAGAAAGCGGUAGGACCGCCAUCACUGUACGCUAUAGUGGGUCCACCACACCGUUUGCACCGGGACUGGAUGAUCACCCACUGGCAUUCGCCCCGCGUUUCUGGUUUCGUGUCGCUCUUGCCUCUUGUCCUUACCUUGUUCGGACAGAGGAAAUUUUCACCCGCGCUCCGCAGUCCGUCAUGUGGUGGGCCAACCGCAACAAUUGGUCGUGGGAACUAUACCAGAAACGUAUCCGCAUCCGAGGUCACUGCGAAGGUGCACCACCGCCGCUGCACGCGAUUCUUGUGGAUGACAUCGAUCGAGUACUGGACUGCAUGGAGCACCACAUCCCUCAGCUGACGUAUCCUGGUGGCCUAAUGAAUAGCAUGGACACAAACAGUACACUCCAAUUGUCAGCGGGUGAAGCAACGAUGGGGGUUGGAGUGCCACAGAAUCCCCAAUACCAUUCACCUCAAAACGUCGAAAAGGGUGCGGCCAGUGACAUAAAGGCUGCAGGCAUUCCAUCCCCAGCGCCUUCCGGGGUUGGUCAUCACGCGCAACACGAACAGCAGUUUACACAAGAUAUGGUGGAGACCGCUUUGUCAAAGGUGACGGUUGCGCUAGGGCAGCUGAACAUGGUUUUUACGGGACAUCAUGUGAGCAAGGUCCUUCUCGUUCACGCUGACGCCCCUGUUCGGCGCUAUUUUGUCCCUUUAGCAAGUGGCAUCGGAUUACAGCAACGACUGCGUGUAUUACCACUGGUUUCCGUGCUGCACGCCCUCCACCAGCGCUUCCGACUUGGUUUCUCUGGUCUGAUGUACGAGGUGCUAAAGAACUGUCCGGGGUUGUUGGGUUACACAUUGGAUGUCUUCUGGUCCGGGCGUGCCGCGCUUAUGGACUUGCGAGGUGGUGCACCACGGCUGAUGCAAUGGAGUGGCACACAUCCCCUGCUUCGAAGCUAUGUCCCGAGCGAACUUUUUGCGGACCUGCCCCAGCGAAAUUACCUUCUGCGGAAUCCGCCUGAAGCGCGGAUGCGACUUGUAGAACUUCUACAGCGGCAGUUAAGCAGUCCUACCGGGUACCUAACCAGAGACGUCGAUACGACGCUGCAGGAUGAACGGGACGGGCUCAUCGUUCCCUACAACCACACAGCCUGUCAAGUCCAUCCAUUUGCGCUCUUUACCAUAUUUUCUCAUCAGGAUCCCUUGGAAUCCCCUCGGGAGACACCCAUCGUAAGGGCUUGGGGCGAAGUGUGGGCUGAGUACUGUGCCGUUGUGAGUCCGAUGGGUACAACAAGCGUGCGCAAACGUGAUGCAUUGCGUGUGCUUCUGCAUGGGGCGCUGCUUCUACGCGCCGUAGCAGUUUCUGGGGUGCAGAUAGACCUGAACCUUAAGAUUCCUCCUUAUGGGUUCCCGUUACUUGCCUCACCAACAAGAUCCAAACAAAGGGGAAGCGCAAUACCGACCAUUAUGAAAGCGACACCAGAGACUGUCCGAAAAGCUGGAUCGGCGUACAGGGCGUUCUUUGCAAAUACACUACUAGAGCGUUUCCCGUUCCGACCGUCAGUGGGGUUGAACGGUGGGUGUGAUGUUGUUUUUGUUGAUGGCACAACGUUGGCAUUGUACGACUUGGUCACCACGACGGAAGCGCUUCGCAAUAUCAGCUAUCGGUUUGCGGAAGCUCUGCUUGGUGUUCUGCACUGCAUUGAGAAGAAUAUUCUGCCACAACAUCGGAUACAAACAGUCCACUAUGUUAGUGUUGUUUCCGUGGAUCAAGCAUCAUCUACAAAUAGCGGCAUGGGUGGCGUCAGCAACGGUGGUGAAGGGGCGAAUAGUCGGGUGUCGGUGCUGACAACAGAUGAGAUGUUCACCGCGACACCUGUCCCCAUUGUUCCCUACUUCUUAGACUUGAGUGCUGUGUUUGAAGAUAGUGUCAUUGACCGGCUACGCGUUUUGCAGGAGAUCCUUGGCAUCGACAAGGAGUUCCGAACCCUUAAUGAUAUUCUGGACGAGUUAGAAAGCGUUUACCACGUCCAUGUCCAUCAAGAUGUGGUGGCCUCCCAGGCAGAACUCGAGUCGUUGCUGUCGUCGACGCUUAUGCAGCUGGUUCCAGAUGCCACCGUUCUGCCACCAUACCGGGCGGAAGUGCUCCCACCAAAUGCCCUGAUGGUGGACAUACUUGAUGAUGAGCACGAGGGAUCACGGAGACCAGAGAUGGAACGAGUGGAAAGCGGUGCUGCCGUACCUCACGAUGCCCCUACCGGCGAUGAUUUUGUUGGCGGUGAUCCUAUACAAGAUUCAGCAGAGUUGUUGGAGGCUAUGAUGAAUGACGCCUUCUCCAGUAGUGCGCAGGAGUAUCCCGCAACGCCUGCACAGGACCCAUCAGCAACAACAGCCUCAAUGGAAAGUGUAGCAGUGGGAAAUCCUAUUAGUAGCAGCAUACCUGCCGUCGAGAAUACACCGCAUCCAGCGGCCACGGCUUCUCAAGAAGAUGCACUGGCGUGGCUGCAUGAUAUCGUUACUCCGGCGGCGGCUUCCAGUCAAGAGAGUGAUAGGUCGAGCGCGACAGCCCCCAUUGCUGCGUACCCAAGCGCCUCGACUUCCCGACCUGCAGUGAUUACAGCCCCUUUACCAUUCAAUAGGAAAAGUAACUCCAGCGUAACGCAUAGUGCCAUGGGGAACAGGGCUACUAGUACCGCAAGGGAGCCAGCUGCAGAACUUAAGAAGGUGCAGGAAGAGGUGAAGCGCGGAAAAGUUAGUGGCCAAAAGAUAGAGGUGGUGGAAGUAGAAGAGGUAGAGGUGGAGGAACAAAGCGACGUAGAACAGGCAACUAGGGAUAACAAAGGUAGAGGUAGAAGUAGAGGCAGGGUCAGUGGUAGCGGCAGCGGUAGUGGUACUGACGGGAAGGGUAGUAGCACCAAGGCUGUUACCGGGAAAAGAGGCAGAAAGCCUCUCCAGCGUUCAAAUGUGCCAGAAAAGAAGCCAAAGCAGCAGCAAGCAAAUCUAAAGAGGACUGUACAGUCAGUAACACCGAAAAGGUCCUCUUCCUCAUCCUCCACCACAGCGGCCUCAUCGCGUGGAAGGAACAAAUCAAGGGAAUUGGCAAAACCAGCCAAGCGCACUACAUCACGUGCAAGCGUGGCGGCUGCAUCAAAGACAGAUAAGAAUGCGAAGAAAAAGCAGAAGAAAUCAGCGCUGCGUAUGGUUUAG